AUGUCUUCUGACUCUAAACCCUCUGAACGUUUGAACUUGGAUUCUUAUAACACCAUUCCAAUCGAAAACUGGACUUGUGAUAAACUAGUUGAACAUUACCGUGCAAAUUUAAAAAGAAAAGACUGGGCGCACGUGCUAGAUUGUAUCAAAAAAGAUCUUAAAAUUGUCGCGAAUUUGAAUUCUGUCUUUAGUGAGGAUCACAGGAAAAAGGCACAAUCAAUUAUUGAUCAUUGGAAGCUGGAAACUCAUUUCGAAGCUGUAACUGUUAGUUCCAGUCAUGAACUGCCAGUUCCAUUCAUAUUUCAAGCUGAAGAGCUGAUAGCUCAACGUUUGAACCAAGCUGUAACUCUCUGGAGAAUUAAACCGAAGAAGGACAACAUGAGUCUGAAACGUGACUGUUCACAUUUGAAAAUUGAUACAUUGCAGAAACAUAUUCGAGAUAAUAACGGCGAAGUCGUUAAAAUUUCCAACGAAAAGACUGUUGAAUGCGGUAAGAAGAGUAAUCAUUUUGGGCAGUAUGAAUUGUACUUAUCAUUAUCUCUUUAUCUUAAUUCAGAUAAUAAACUCCCGGAUGACGUUAAGAAAUGGACCCCGGAAGAUGUAAAAAAAUUUCUCAUUUCUAGAAUUAAAGACCUAGAUUAUAACGAAACCGAUAUAAGAAAAAUAAGGGACCAAGAUCUAACAGGUCGAGCGUUCCUCCGAUUAACAGAAGAAAAAUUAACCCGUAAGCCGGGUCUAUGA